AGAUUGCAUAAAUGGAAUUGUUUAGGGCGUGGCCUGAAAUUUGUCGCGUUGCUCUUACUGUCCAAACAGAACGAAGUCCAACUCGAAAAAAAAAAAAAAUGAGCCUCUCUAUUUUGUGUCUGUGUGUCCUACUCAAAUACUUUCCGACUAUGUAAAUCCUCAUAAAAAUUCUCUUCUAACAUCGUCUCCGCUGGAAUUGCUUAAAAGAUCCAAAAUCAAUACAUACACCUUAUGGCUCUGUUACGGUUUUUGCUGUUUGCUUUCAUCAACAUUUCCCUGUUUUCGAACAUUUGUUUUGCCGCAGACCCAACUGUCUCUUAUGAAUUGAGACUCUCUUAUAUAACCGUCUCUCCUCUGGGUGUUCCUCAGCAGGUCAUUGGAAUAAAUAAAAAAUUUCCUGGUCCUGUUAUAAAUGCUACUACUAACUAUGUUGUUAUUGUUAAUGUAUUUAAUGAGUUGGAUGAGAAUCUCCUAAUGACUUGGCCUGGGAUCCAAAUGCGACGUGAUUCAUGGGAGGAUGGUGUUCGUGGCACCAAUUGUCCAAUCCCUCCCAAAGGGAAUUAUACUUAUAAUUUUCAAGUCAAGGAUCAGAUUGGGAGCUUUUUCUACUUUCCAUCCUUGAAUCUUCAAAGAGCAUCUGGCGGCUUUGGUCCCUUCAUCAUUAAUAAUCGAGCAGUUAUCUCAAUUCCUUUUCCACAGCCAGAUGGGGAUAUUAUCCUUCUGAUUGGUGACUGGUAUAUACGGAACCAUACGGCACUGAGGACUGACCUUGAUUCCGGGAAAGACCUUGGAAUGCCAGAUGGUGUUGUAAUUAAUGGGAAAGGACCUUACAGAUACAACACAACUCUUGUGUCUGAUGGUAUUGAAUACGAAACCAUUCAAGUUGAUCCAGGCAAAACUUAUCGAUUUCGUGUUCACAAUGUUGGGACUUCAACUAGUUUGAACUUCAGAAUCCAGGGUCACAAUCUGCUCCUUGUGGAAACAGAAGGACAUUAUACAUCCCAACAAAAUUUUACCAGCUUUGAUAUUCACGUGGGCCAGUCUUAUUCUUUCUUGGUUACUAUGGAUCAGAAUGCAACUUCUGAUUACUACAUUGUCGCAAGUGCUCGGUUUGUGAAUGAAUCACUUUGGCAAAGAGUCACUGGUGUUGCAGUCUUGCAUUAUUCCAAUUCGAAAGGACCAGUUUCUGGUCCUCUGCCGGAAGCGCCAAGUGAUGUCUAUAACCAGUGGGCAGCGAUGACCCAGCCAAGAGCCAUCAAGCAAAAUACAACUGCAAGUGGAGCUCGCCCAAAUCCUCAGGGAUCUUUCCACUAUGGUCAAAUCAAUAUUACUGAAACGUACAUAUUAAGGAGCUUGCCUCCAGCUACAAUUGAUGGAAAACUACGUGCAACAGUCAAUGGAAUAUCAUUUGUCAAUCCAGAUACACCAAUCAGGCUUGCUGACCUGCACAAAGUGAAGGGAGUGUACAAGCUUGAUUUUCCCAAUAAGCCACUUGAUAGGCCUCUCCGGAUGGACACAUCUGUUAUUAAUGCUACAUAUAAGGGGUUUAUCCAGGUCAUACUACAGAACAACGACACCAAAAUGCUGAGCUUUCACAUGGAUGGUUAUUCGUUUUUUGUGGUUGGAAUGGACUGGGGGGUGUGGUCUGAGGACAAAAAGAGUUCGUAUAAUAACUGGGAUGCUAUUUCUCGCUGCACAGUAGAGGUUUACCCUGGGGGAUGGACAGCAAUUCUUGUCUCUUUGGACAAUGUCGGAGUAUGGAAUCUCAGAGUUGAGAACCUUGAUCGAUGGUAUCUAGGCCAUGAAACAUACAUGAGAAUCAUCAAUCCUGAGGAAAAUGGUGAAACAGAGAUGGGUCCGCCUGAUAAUGUUAGAUAUUGUGGCGCCCUUCGUUCCUUGCAGAAGACUGAUAAUUCUGCAGCUAUCUCUAUUCUUAUUAGUAAGCUGGAACUGUAUAUUUCUCUGCUGAUGGUACUCUGUUCCUCAUUUUUCAUUUUCGUCUAAACUCCGGGUGGUUGGAUAUGACUUGAGAGUCAUCUGUUAUUGGCAGUGGGAGAUUGGCCUGUUGUAGGUGUGAUGGAUGUUAAAGGAUGGGGGAAACUUGCAAUGCAUAGUUUGGAUUAGCUUUGCAGAGCUCAAGAUUUUUUUUUUUAAUAGCGAUUGUUGUUGAUGACAUUUUAUUUUUUGGAUUUUUUUAGAAUGAGUGUCAGGUUUUAAUUGUAAUUUAGGCCACUGGGGAUCCAUCAUUUUUUAAUGUCUCUAAACUAUAUACUGAAUGAUGAUUAACCCUUGUUUCAGUACAAUCUCACCUUCAUACA